AGAAAGAAAUUAUGUUUGAAAGUGCAAUUGAUAUAUUUUGGUAAAUCAAUAGAGGUUAUAAAUGAAUAAUGUACUAUGAAUUAAAAAUUUAAUAGAUUGCAAUGACCGCGUUGAGUUUCCUUGUGAACAGAUACAAUCAAGUGUAAAGUAAAAAAAAUGAAAAAAGUUUUAUACAAUUAUUUAUGCAAAAAAGACAAUAAACAUGAAAUUCAAACCAAAUUAGUUCUAUUAAUUUAUUGAAAUAGUGUAUAUGAAAUUAGUGAAAGUUCAUUUCAAUAUUGAUCUACAUUAUAACGUUACUAUUUGUUAUUUUUAAAUAAAAAACUCAAAGUUUUAUAUUAUUUCAACUAAAGAUGAAACUUGAAAAAGAUCAAGAGCUUGUUGCGCUUAAUACUACUGAAGAACAUAGUUUGACUGAACAAAUCAACGUUAAAUUAGAAAAAAAUGUAUCUGUUUUAGGUGGCGUUGGAUUAAUAGUAGGAAGUAUAAUUGGAAGUGGUAUAUUUUUAUCUCCAAGUAGUGUUUUGAUAAAAUCUGGUUCUAUUGGUUUAUCUCUAAUAGUAUGGGUACUUUCUGGAUUAAUUUCUUUGUUGGGUGCCCUUUGCUAUGGAGAAUUGGGUACAUCAAUUCCUCGUUCUGGAGCAGAACAUGCAUAUUUACUUGCAGCAUUUGGCCCCAUUCCUGCCUUUUUAUUUUCAUGGACAGCAACAUUGGUGAUAAGACCAUCUGCAGGUGCUAUAAUUGCAAUGAUAUUUGCACAGUAUGUUGUUGAGCCAUUUUAUGAAAAGGAAGAAAAAGUUCCUGAUUAUGUUAUCAAGUUACUGUCAUUUUUUUGUAUUGUUCUUAUUGCAACAGUAAAUUGUAUAAGUGUGAAGUUAGCUGUUGCCAUACAAAAUAUAUUCACAUUUGCAAAGUUAUCAUGUGUGGCAAUGCUUAUAGUAAUUGGAUUUAUUGAGCUUGGAAAAGGGAACACAACCAGUUUCAAAGAUUCAUUUAAUGGCACUACAACCGAUGCUGGCCAGCUUAGUUUAGCAUUUUAUUUUGGUUUAUGGGCAUAUGAUGGAUGGAACUCAUUAAACUAUGUGACUGAAGAAAUGCAAAACCCUUCAAGGCAAAUGCCAUUGGCUAUUACAAUUUCAAUGGUUUUGGUGAUGGGAUGUUAUUUAUUGUGCAAUAUUGCAUACAUUGCUGUCCUUGGUCCUAUUUUUAUUAAAAGUUCUUCAGCUGUAGCACUGGACUUGGGUAACAGAUACCUUGGAGUUGGGAAGUUUGUUGUUCCGGUUCUUGUCGGGUUAUCUUGUUUUGGUGCAGUCAAUGGCCUUUUAUUUACUAGCGGCAGAUUAGUUUAUGUUGCGGCAAGAGAAAGACACAUGCCAAAGUUUUUAGCAAUGAUUCAUGUUAAACGCAAAACUCCAUUGCCUUCAUUAAUUUUUACAGCAUUAAUAUCUGUUCUCAUGCUUAUACCAAAAGCAAGUAAAUUUGAGAGCUUGGUUGGUAUUUUUAGCUUUGCUUCAUGGUUGUUUUAUGGCCUAUGUUUUAUAGUACUUAUUUUUUUGAGAUUCAAGCGCAAGGAUUUGAAACGACCUUAUAAAGUUUUCUUACCGAUACCUGUUAUUAUGAUUCUUGUCUCAAUUUGCUUAACAGCACUUCCAUUCUAUGAAGACUGGCUAGGAAGUCUUGUUGCUCUUUUUUUAAUAUUCUUGGGUGUUCCAGUUUAUUACAUGUUUGUGAAAAUUAACAUUUUUGAAAAAUUUUCUAUCUGCUUAAAUACUCCAGAUUUUACUACAGUUUUAUUAAAGUAUGGAUUGGCAUUUCCGGACGAUGAACCAGCUCUUUAAAAAUUAACUCGUCGUGUUUGUUUAAAUAAACAUGACGAUUUAAAAAAA